GGUCAACUCGAGCACGCGCUUUAAAAAAAACAGAUCACGUACUUUUAUUUGACGGAUGACAUUGCUGCCACUGUCAAGUGUUAUUGAAUGAAAACAUUUCGUAAUUUUUCUAUUUUUAUCAAUUGAGGUUUUGGGCCUAAGUUGAUAGCACGCUGUGCGCUUUUUGCAAGUAAUUAUUUUGGAGCUGUUUGGAACCAAACUUAUCAUUAUGCAUGAUGUCAAGUUCUACUACUUCCCCGUUAAGGGUCUCGGUGAAUGUGUUCGUCUACUCCUCUCUUAUGGUGGCCAGGACUUUGAAGACAACAGAGUUGCCGUGGAGGACUGGCCUGCGUUUAAGCCAUCGACACCUUUUGGUCAGAUGCCGGUACUAGAGAUCGAUGGUAAGGCUUACGCACAGAGCAUUGACAUCUCCCGGUACCUGGGCCGCAAGUACGGCCUCUCCGGAGCCGAUGCUGAAGAGGAUCUGGAGAUCGACCAGAAUGUCGACUUCGUCAAUGAUAUCCGUGCGAAGGCCGCUGCCGUCCAAUAUGAAGCCGACGCGGAAUUAAAGGCCAGAAAUCACGCGGAAUUCAGUAAGAAUGUCUACCCGGUGUUACUUGAGAAACUGGACGAGAUCAUCAAGAAGAACAACGGACACAUUGCUGCUGGCAAGCUCACCUGGGCAGACUUCGUGUUCACUGGAAUGUUCGACUACCUAAAGAUGAUGCUCCGAAUUCCAGACCUAGAAAAGAAAUACCCAAGCUACCAACAAGUGAUUGACGCGGUGUACUCUCAGCCCAAAAUCCAGGCGUACGUCAAAAAAGCACAACAAUUAUAAAAUAUUUAAAGAAAAAACUUUUUGACCGGAUUGAAGUUAUGUAUAAACCAAAGUAUUAUUAUAAGUC